UCACAUCAUUUUGUACAUAAGAUGUUUACUACAUGCACUUAUAAACGAGGAACGAGGAAGAAAGCAACCUAACAAAAUGUGUGUGGGAAUUUUGUCUCCGUGGUUUGGAUAUGGAACCCUUUCAUUAAUGUGCCUCAUUCUACCACAUUGUUUUGCUCAAAAUAUAACCUUGACUCCCCAGAGUCCUGCCAUGGUCAGAAAGGGGCAGCCUUUAGUCCUGACAUGUCAAUCAAACCAGACUAGUGAAUUAUAUACGUUCACUUAUAUCGACAGUGAGGGAAAUACAAUUCGUUAUGCUUUAGGAGGAGGAGGAUUCCAGUCAUGUCAAAAUAUCACUAAUGAUGCAUUUAUAAAGUGUGAUUUUGGAACUCCAUGGAAAUUCAAACUAACAUUGCUAAAUCCUGUUCAUGAUCAGGUCGUCUACUGUCAUAGAAGUCGCGAGGGUCAAGAUCUAAAGAACAGUAGUACCACCAUCUUUGUACAAGUACCCGUCAGUAGUGUCACACUGUCACCAUCGUCCAGUGUAGAGGUCAUUGAAGGCCAAUCUUUCGCUCUUAGCUGUGUAUCGAAAGCUGCCAGACCAGCAGCAAACAUAACAUGGCACAAAGAAGGUGUGGUCUUGAUUGGAAGUUCAUCAAUCUUGUCUAUGAAUAACCUGCUGUAUGAUGUGACCAGUAAUCUUACUUCCUCCUUUCAAAGAACGGAUAAUGGGAGUAAGAUAUAUUGUACUGCAGUCAACAUAAAUGGCGAUACUCCAAUAGUGUCAGCCAAAGCUGAACUAAACGUUAUAUAUGCACCCACUGCUGCCCCACAACUGACAGCUGAUGUAUUUACGUCAGUGGAUGAAGGACAGCCCAUUACAUUACGGUGUACCUUAUCUACACUGGGUAACCCUCACAUCACGUGGAGCUGGGUGUGUGGAGAUGACACACUGAGCACUGGAGUGACCAAUACAGGGACCCAGUCAGUUCUGACAUUGACAGCAAACAGAAAAUACAACCAGAGAACGUGUCAGUGUAGAGCCACAAGUCCAAGAUCGUCAUUGUCGUAUAGCAGGACGUCAGGAACACAAACCAUCACUGUGUACUAUGCACCCAUUGCUGCCCCACAACUGACAGCUGAUGGAUCUACGUCAGUGGAUGAAGGACAGUCCAUUACUUUACGGUGUACUUUGUCUACGCUGGGUAACCCUCACAUCACGUGGAACUGGGUGUGUGGAGAUGACACACUGAGCACUGGAGUGACCAAUACAGGGACCCAGUCAGUUCUGACAUUGACAGCAAACAGAAAAUACAACCAGAGAACGUGUCAGUGUAGAGCCACAAGUCCAAGAUCGUCCUUGUCGUAUAGCAGGACGUCAGGAACACAAACCAUCACUGUGUACUAUGCCCCCUUUGCUGCCCCACAACUGACAGCUGAUGGAUCUACGUCAUUGGAUGAAGGAUGGUUCAUUACAUUACGAUGUACCUUGUCUACACUGGGUAACCCUCCCAUCACAUGGAACUGGGUAUGUGGAGAUGGCACACUGACCACUGAAGUGACCAACACAGGGACCCAGUCAGUGCUGACAUUGACAGCAAACAGAAAAUACAACCAGAGAACGUGUCAGUGUAGAGCCACAAGUCGAAGAUCAUCAUUGUCGUACAACAGGACGUCAGGAACAGAAAACAUCACUGUAUACUAUGCACCCACUGCUGCCCCACAACUGACAGCUGAUGGAUCUACGUCAGUGGAUGAAGGACAGUCCAUUACAUUAGAGUGUACUUUGUCUACGCUGGGUAACCCUCACAUCACGUGGAACUGGGUGUGUGGAUAUGACACACUGAGCACUGGAGUGACCAAUACAGGGACCCAGUCAGUGCUGAUAUUGACAGCAAACAGAAAAUACAACCAGAAAACGUGUCAUUGUAGAGCCAGAAGUCCAAGAUCGUCAUUGUCGUAUAGCAGGACGUCAGGAACACAAACCAUCACUGUGUACUAUAACAAUAUUAUAACCUCAACCUUAAAUAAAGAAUAUGUCACCAAUGAACAUGGACGACUUCAGAUAAGAUGUAAUGUGGAUGGAAAUCCGUUAUCUACCAUCACAUGGAUGUUUGUUCAAACCAAAACUGUUGUAAAGAGAGACAUUGCUGUACGCAGAAGCUCACUGGAUAUAUCAUCAGCGAAUUGCUUAGAUCACGGGAUUUACAAAGUUACAUUUGAUAAUGGAAAGGGUCCAGCUGAUUUCAGAACAACCCAUGUGGCAGUGAGAUGUAAGCCUCGACUGUAUGGCAUGGAUAUCCAGACUCUUGGAAUAGGAAAUAAUGAAUCUCUUCAAAUACAUGUAAGGAUGGUAUUGCACCCACCAGCAACACUGAUAAUGUGGACUUUUGCGGGACAAUUUGAUGAGAGAAAAGUCAUUCAGAAUAACACAGGUGGCUACAGUAUAACAGAUAAUAAGGUAGAAAAUAAACAAAAUAUUUUUCUAUACAAAAGGAAGGUUGAAACAGAGGACUUUGGACAGUACACGAUAAUGGUUCUGAACGAUGUUGGUUAUUUCACCAGGAUCUAUCAUGUGAAUGCAGCAAGACCACCAUUGAAACCUACCAAUCUAGCAUUGGUGUGUGCCACUUCGUCGGUAAAGUUAUCAUGGAUUUCCAACUUUAAUGGUGGAGAUAAUCAGAUCUUUACGAUUUCAUAUUCCACUGAUGGGGAGUUUUCAACAUCCUAUAAAGAUCUUCGGAACAUCAGUGACGAAGGAUAUGACAUACUCCACAAUUACACUUCAAGCAUUGAUCUACAUGAAACAGUAUGGUUUACUGUCACUGCCUCGAACAUAUUUGGGAAAUCUACAUCAGAUACUGCACAUUGCAUUGUUAAAGGAAUAGAAGAGUUUGUCAUCCUGAUAGUCGGCAGUAUUCUCGGCAGUGUGGCGUUGAUCAUCGCUGUUUUAGGCCUUGUUAUCCUCCUAAAAAGGCGUUAUAGAUGCACCUGCAUAAUAGAAAGGAAAACAGGGUCAAAAGAUGUAAAAGCAGCUGACCUAUCUAACGAUGGAUCUGGAAUACAUUCGGCAGAGCAAAAUGUACAUGGAGAAAGUAGCGAACUUGAAACAUAUGAGUGCAUACAAGGCUCCAGUGCUGAGAAUACUUACGAAGACCUUUCAACGAAUUUAAAGAAACAGGAUGAGCCAGAUCAGAUCUACUGCAACUCCAAUACAUCAAAGCCUGAGGAUGUUUAUGUAAACACAUCAUUUCAGAACUAGUGAAAAGAAAUUCAAGUCAUUCUUAUGCCCCGUAAAAGGUUAUUUGCGAGUACAUGUAUAUAGUGUUUGGACUGUCUGUGUAUCUGUUUCCUUAUAUUUUUCCGCAAAACGUCUAACCUCAUCCAUAACUUUUGAAUGUGUGGUAAAAGAUAUUUCACAUGUGCAUUUCUUGAGACAAUACCUUUCUUUUAGUACCAAAAUGUUUGACCUUCACAUUGGAAUUUUACCAACUUUUGAAACACUUUAACCUAUGUCAUUAUGAAUAGUGAUAAGGCUUUCAUAUUUCAUAUGUGUAUUUCUGUUGGCAGUACCUUUAUAUAGUAACCUUUUUAUCUUAUGACCUUGAUCUGGGAAUUUGAUCUACGUUUGAAAGAAAUUUUUUUUAACCUUGGUCAUUACUCAUAUACGCUUAGUGGUUUCAUAUUUCACAAGUAUAAUCCUUUUCACAAAGCCUUUGCUUUGGUACCAAAACUUUUGAACUCAUGACCUAGACGUUUGCCCUACUUUUAGGGGGAAAAAACUAAGUCAUAACCUUUGAAUGGUUAGUUAUGGGGCUUUCAUAUUCACAUGUGUUUUCCUUUUGACAAGACCUUUCCUUUAGUACCAAGAUUUUCACCUCACUAUCUUUUCCUAGGAGUUUGACAUACUUCAACCUAGCCAAUAACUUUUGAAUGGCCAGUGAUAAGGCUUUUGUAUUCCACAUGUGUAUUCCUUGUGACAAGACUUUUAUUUUGGGUUCCAUAAUUAAGUUGCUGCCAUACGGGGCCCAUCAGCGUUUUACAUGUACAAACACAUAUUUCAUCUAAAUAUUAGAUAAAAUGUUUUCAAAAAUAGAGAAACUGCGAGUCUUGCAUUACAACUCCUAAUUAAUGACAUCAAUGAUUUUAGAAAAAGUUUAAUAUUGUUAGCUGUGAGACUUAAGAAUUACACGAAUACUGUAGAUUCCUAAAGAACAAGGUACGAUUGUAUACAUAAAAGGGCCCAAAAAUUUUCUCUCUAUAAAAUGUGUCUGGAAUUAACCUUAUUCAGCAUUUUAAGAAAGUAAAAUAUAUGCCAGGUAUACUAUGUCAACAAAAUCAGAAUGAUAUUCGUAAUUGGAUAGCGUUAUGACAUCAUAAAUAAGACAUUUCCCGCCUUUUUUUCAAAAUAAGCCCGAAAACUGUCAAAUGUCAUACAGAUUAUUGCCCAGGAAAAGUUGUGCGCAUUUGUCGAGCAAAAUGAAAAUGAUAUAUAUUGUGUAUUAUUUUAAGAUGAAAAACAUACUUGAAUAUGAAUUUGCUCGACGCAUGCGCUGUAUGUUUUCUGAAAAGAAAACCACCUGAAUUUGAGGAUAUUUUCAUUGAAAAUGCCAUUUUUGCAAUUUUAUGCCAACUUCUAGCUCUCGUCAUACGACACAAAUCAUUUUGCUGAUCAAACUGAGCGGAAUUUGGGUUUGCUAAACUAUUCUUUAUUUGAAUGCCAGGGUUUGAGCUCCAAGUGAAAUCAUUGAUAUUUUGGGCCAAAUGACUUUGGAAACUGUACCUACUUCUUUACGAGAGACAUCAUUCGUGUAAUAAUAUUACAUGUUUUUACUUUUCUGUUGUCAAUUGAAAUACGUGCACGACCUCUUGAUUAACAGACAAGCAAUUUUAUGUUCACAAAAUUUGACGUAUACGAGUCAUUUCGCCAUAUUAAAUACUCGCAUAAAAUAAGGAAUAUACAGUAUUACCUGUACUUACCUAUUACAACAGUAUAUUUAAAGAAACUACUGUAUACUUUUGCCUAUUCUUAGCUACUCUAGUUUGAUAUUAUUUUAUGUCGUUUAUCUUUAUGUAUUCAUUUUUUCUUUGGUUUUAGCUUUUUUACAUUAUAAAAAAACAUUAUAUAGUUUUGCCUAUUUUCAUCUAAUUCAGUUUAUAUUUUGUCCUUUUUUCCUUCUGCAUUUAUUGUUCUUUAAUUACAGUUUUUUUUAUAUUUAAAAACAUUAUAUAGUUUUACCUAGUCUUAGCUACUUCAGUUUAAUAUUUGAUGUCUGUUUUCUUCAUGCAUUUAUUGUUCUUUAAUUUUAGUUUGUUUUACAUUAAAACACAUAUAGUUUUGAUAACUUUUAGCUACUUCAGUUUAAUAUUUGAUGCCCUUUUUCUUUAUGCAUUUAUUGUUCUUUGGUUUUAGUUUGCUUUACAUGUAAAGUGCUUUAGAGUAACUGUGUUAAUAUUGUUUCUUCUUAUAUGCAAGUUUUGACUUUCCUUUCACAAAUACGUGUAAUGAUCUAUGGAAAAGCUUUGUAUUUUGCCUUCUUGACAAUGAUCACAUUCCGAAUAAAAACCAUCUUAA